AUGGCAUCUGAGUCGGGAUUCAGUCUCCAUGUCACAGUCUACAUUGACCCAGCCAAUUUGCCCAAGUUCUUUGAGUAUCUCAAGCCAGUCUACGACACCGUAAUUGCGGAGCCCGAGUGUCGCUUCUUCGAACUGUAUCAGUCCCCAGAGGACCCUGGGACCUUGAGAUGGGUUGAGGACUGGACGAUGAGCACUCAGGAUUUCAUGCAGCUUGGCAACGUCUUGAUGGCCUCUCUCCAAGGCAGCAUACAGAGCGUUGCCGUAGUCGCCUGUCGCGUUGGGAUCCACUACCUGGUCUAA